GGCGCGCGGGGGCGGGGGCGCGGGCGCGCUCUGGGCACUCUGCUUGUUAGCCACGCCCCUUUCCCGGGGGUCUGGUCACCGCGCGGUUGGGGAGGGUGGGGAAGUCCGCGGGAGCGAGGCCGGAGGUGUUGGGGGCGCGUUGGGUAGAGCCACCCUCCUCCCCUGUGGUCAAGCACCAUUCUCCAGAUGGGAGGAAGCGGCUCUGGGUGGGUUCGGCGGCCGAUGUGAGCCGAGCUACGGGGCCGGGGACGCGCCUGAGACUUGCGAGUGUACCGGGGGCGCGUCUUCACUGGUCUCCUGGGCCUGGCACCGAGCGGAAAUUGGGAAGUGACGGGCACAAGCCGGAUCAUGGAGCGGGGAAGAUUUCGCCACUUCCCCACUUUCUCUCCAGACGUCGGUCAGAGAGCAAGGGAAGAGGGAAAAGGUCGGGGCUGAGGCCCCAAGGCCACCCUCGUGUUCCCUCCCGAUGAAUGCUCCCGAGCGGAAGACUACGCGUUUGUUCACAUGGAGAAGGAAGCAGAUGCCAAAGCCGCCAUCGCGCAGCUCAACGGCAAAGAAGUGAAGGGCAAGCGCAUCAACGUGGAACUCUCAACCAAGGGUCAGAAGAAGGGGCCCGGCCUGGCUAUCCAGUCUGGGGACAAGACCAAGAAACCAGGGGCUGGGGAUACGGCAUUCCCUGGAACUGGUGGCUUCUCUGCCACCUUCGACUACCAGCAGGCUUUUGGCAACAGCACUGGUGGCUUUGAUGGGCAAGCCCGUCAGCCCACACCACCCUUCUUUGGUCGCGACCGCAGCCCCCUGCGCCGUUCACCUCCCCGAGCCUCCUAUGUGGCUCCUCUGACGGCCCAGCCAGCCACCUACCGGGCCCAGCCCUCAGUGUCGCUGGGAGCUGCCUACAGGGCCCAGCCUUCUGCCUCUUUGGGUGUCGGCUAUCGGACUCAGCCCAUGACAGCCCAGGCAGCCUCUUACCGCGCUCAGCCCUCUGUCUCCCUUGGGGCCCCAUACAGGGGCCAGCUGGCUAGCCCUAGCUCCCAGUCUGCUGCAGCUUCCUCGCUUGGCCCAUAUGGUGGAGCCCAGCCCUCGGCCUCGGCCCUGUCCUCCUAUGGGGGUCAGCCAGCUGCGGCUUCCUCGCUCAACUCCUAUGGGGCUCAGGGUUCCUCCCUUGCCUCCUAUGGUAACCAGCCAUCCUCUUACGGCGCGCAGGCUGCCUCUUCCUAUGGGGUUCGUGCGGCUGCCUCCUCCUACAACACCCAGGGAGCAGCUUCCUCCCUAGGCUCUUAUGGGGCCCAGGCAGCCUCUUAUGGGGCCCAGUCUGCAGCCUCUUCACUAGCUUAUGGGGCCCAGGCAGCUUCUUACAAUGCCCAGCCCUCAGCCUCUUACAAUGCGCAGUCUGCCCCGUACGCUGCACAACAGGCUGCUUCCUACUCUUCCCAGCCGGCUGCGUAUGUGGCACAGCCAGCUACAGCUGCUGCCUAUGCCAGCCAACCAGCUGCCUACGCUGCACAAGCCACUACCCCAAUGGCUGGCUCCUAUGGGGCCCAGCCGGUUGUUCAGACCCAGCUGAAUAGUUACGGGGCUCAAGCAUCAAUGGGCCUGUCAGGCUCCUAUGGGGCUCAGUCAGCUGCCGCAGCCACCGGCUCCUAUGGUGCUGCAGCUGCCUAUGGGGCCCAGCCUUCUGCCACCCUGGCAGCUCCGUACCGCACUCAGUCGUCAGCCUCAUUGGCUGCUUCCUAUGCUGCCCAGCAGCAUCCCCAGGCUGCUGCCUCCUACCGUGGCCAGCCGGGCAAUGCCUACGAUGGGGCAGGUCAGCCGUCUGCAGCCUACCUGUCCAUGUCCCAGGGGGCCGUUGCCAACGCCAACAGCACCCCGCCGCCCUAUGAGCGUACCCGCCUCUCCCCACCCCGGGCCAGCUACGACGAUCCCUACAAAAAGGCUGUCGCCAUGUCGAAAAGGUAUGGUUCCGACCGGCGUUUAGCCGAGCUCUCUGAUUACCGCCGUUUAUCAGAGUCGCAGCUCUCGUUCCGCCGCUCGCCGACAAAGUCCUCGCUGGAUUACCGUCGCCUGCCCGAUGCCCAUUCCGAUUACGCACGCUAUUCGGGCUCCUAUAAUGAUUACCUGCGGGCAGCUCAGAUGCACUCUGGCUACCAGCGCCGCAUGUAGGGCCAUCCUGGGAUGGGGCACCACAGGGAGGGAAGGAGAGGAAAGGUGGGGCAGGGUGCAGACCCGGGUUAUAACCACUGGCCCAUUCCUCUCCCGUUUGCGGUUUUUCAUCCCCUCUACCCUGUGGGCCUUCCCCAGGAGAUGAUCCUUUUGAGUGUUCGGCAGUAACCUACUUUGUUCCUUCGCCUCAGCAGCAAAUCUUGCUACUGGCUCUAGAUCUGCGGUUUCCCCUCUCCCCUGCUUCCCAUCUCCCAGGAUGGGAAUUUCUUUUACGUUUUUAUUUUUUCCUGGCUCCCUUUUAUUUUUGUGCGCGAUAUUUAAGGUCGUCUGGAUGGGGAAGCAACCUGCAGCUGAGGUCGGCGGCGCCUUUUUCUUUUUAGAUGUGAGGGAGGCCAGGAAAGGGUUAGCUUAACCAUUUCCUAUGCGCCAAGCUGUGCCAGCAGUCCAGGGGGCCCUGACUUUGUCCCUCUAUGGACUGUGUUGAGACUGAGUUCCUGUCGGGACAGUCGGUUGGUAUACGUCCAAAUCCCUACUGUCCCCCCGAUGUUAUAGCUGAUGCUGAGUGGCACAGUCCCACGUCCCCAUCUCCCCAAGUAGGUGGUGUUAGAAAACCUUGAUUUUUUUUUUCCCUUUUGUAUGGACUACAAAUAAAACUUGGGGCAAUUUGCAGUUUGGAAA